UCGGUGUGUUUAACUGUGAAGGUCAAGGAGCAGAUGUAACAGAUGUGUGCGUGUGUGAGAGAGAUUUAAACUUAUGUAAGAAAACAUCUGUUGGCUCUAUUUAUAACAUGUGACCUCAUGGUAUUACACUGGUACAGCUACUGCUAACGCUCAUGCUAAUGCUGUCUGUAAACACAGUGUGUUAUGGUCAAAUAUGUCCACCUAGCAGAGACAAACACAGGACAUGUGACCUCAGGCUCACACUCUUCCUUCAGUCAGGAAUGUCAUUGGAAGCCUAGGUAUUUGGACGGCUGAGAGUGUAGGUCAUAGUCGAGGGAAUGUGGGCUAAGUGUAUGUAGCUAAGACAGUGUGUUAGCAUGGUGUACGGGAAGUUAUGGUCGAUGCACAGUUAUGUUAUGGUCAUGUAAGACAGUGGUUGGGGUGGUAGACAUGUUAUACUUUAAUAAUAAACGGGGAGGUGUUGUGUAACAUAUUCAUUAUGUGUGUGUUGUCAUAAAACACUCGGCUUGUUGUAUAUCCUGAGGUAAUAAAAAUGUCUAAACUCAUUUACAGAAAUACACAUUGCAGUUCACCACUUCAGACAGUGGCUGCAGCAGAGAGUUACGCGGCUACGACCAGAGACGGAAGUGAGGUCAAUUUCAACCGGCGAAUGUUUAUAUUAUUUUUAGACCUCGUGUGAUCAGAUGCUGCGCCAUAAACCGGGGACAUGAACGACGAACUAACGGCCACUUUCACACAGCCCUGCGCUCAGUGUUCUGCUGUGAACUGGGCCGUUUCAGACGAAGGCCGUUUCUACUGCAGAAGCUGCCACAACGUCGCUGAGCGAACUGAAGAUGUGGUGGACACCACCUUCACUCCAGGCUCAGCCAGGAUCUCCAACCUCACCAGGAGGUCUAGGACCAGAACACCAGACCGUCAGUGGUGGAUCUGUGAAGGCUUUCAGUUCAUUCUGAAGAACCAGGCUGAUGCUCUGGUGGAUCUGGGAGUUUCUGCUCACUUCAGGGACCAGGUCUUGUGUCAGCUGUGGAGACUGUACCUUCAGAAGAGUCGACAGGCGUUCACCUCCGACCCCAUCAGAAGCUCCGCCCACCAACUGAGAAUCACAGACUCGGAUGUGGACAGUGAAGGAAGUGGCAGUGAUUGGUCAGGGGUGUUGGGCAACUCUGUCCAUCUGUCAGAGAGUCAAAGGCAGGUACAUACUCUGAUGAACAUGAGGAGAACCCUGGCCCUGAUCCACCUGGCUCUGGUGUGGAGCCGUGCACCGCUGACACUCAGUGAUGUCAUCAUGUUGGUGCGGGCUGGUCUUCUUCCAUACACUGAUGUCUACGAGAAACUUCCGGAUAAACUGAAGGUGGAAGGAGUGGAUGUCCUGACCUUCAGAGUCCACAAUGUACCGUCCCACCAGGAGCUGCACACCGAGGCUCAGGCUCUGGUUCACUUCCUGCAGCUGGAAACCUUUCCUCCAAUCAGCAGCCAGAGUCAGCUGCACCCAGCACUGCUCAGCCUUCGCUAUCUAAGCGAUGCUAACCUACCCGACCAGCUCCACCCUUGGCUCCUCCACCUGAUGAAGCGAGCUGCUGUGGAAGAUCAGACUCUCUACACCUUUGACUCCACCUCCUGUCCUGUCCUGCCGCAACACGACAUCCAGACCGUCGCCAUCAUCAUUGUCACCAUCAAGGUGGUGUUUGGCCUGAACGACUGCACCGAGUGGGACUUGUGUGACGUGGACGACCAAUCAGAAGCUGUGUUUAGCCUGAGGAGGUGGUUCAGACUGACCCAGGCUGCUCUCAGGUCAGCUGAGCAGAGCAGAAACCAGCUUAUCUGCAGGACGCAGUGGAAGUCAGGCUGUGGGCUGUACCAGAACAGGAGGUCCAGGAGUCUGGGACUGAAGAGGAAACGAACCUCAGAUCAGGUCCAGCGGUGUUUUCAGAACCUGUCUUCUCCUGUCGCCGCCCGACGCUGCUCCAGUUCCAGUUUCAGGUUCUGUUGGGGGGGUGAUGAUGGAGCAGACGGUCCCAGUCUGCACCACCAGAAGUUGACUUCAGUCCUGACAAUGAACCACAACAUGCUGACUCCCACCAACGCCACCUACUGGCUGCCAGCUCGCUGCACCUGUUACCUUGACAUGCACAAGAGCCACUUCCAGGAUAUGAAGGCGUGGCUUCCUCACUCCUUCCUACAGCUGCUGAACUUCUUUUCUUUCCUUAUUGAUGUCAAGCCGACAGUUCUGUUCCAGGAAGUCCUGAACCUGGAGAGACGGCUGCUGGGACACAACAGCAGGACCAGGACUAAGACCAGGACCAGGACCCUGGGUCAGGGAACUGAGACCGCAACAUGAAUCUGGAGAUAAAACUACUGGACAACCUGUGGACACCUGUGUAAGGACAAGACCAAGACGAGGACCCGUUGUAAGACUGAGACUGGACUCCACAGAGACACCUACUGGUCAGAAAAAACAUUCAUGGACUAACCAUGGCCAUGACCAGGUUUAGAUCAAGUUCAUCUUUUGUGCUGGUCCAGCACCAGGAACAGUUUGAUUCUGGUUUGAUAUUAAACCAGAACAUUUUAAAUUUUUCAUAAAAAUGGAAAAGUUCAUGAAAAAAUAACAAUGUUUGUGUUCAUUGGUGUUGUGGUUGUAGUUGGUGUUGGUUGAAAACAAACAAUGUGGAAAAAUUAGAUUGAUGUUAUUGCUCCUCUGGUGUUGUCUGUUGUUACUGCAGUCACAGUGAAGUGAGGUCAGUGUUGUGAAGGUGAUGUGAGGACUGUGUGCCCCCCUCAGGUCAACAGAGGUAACUGCUGUCUGUCUUGUUGCUAUGGAAACGAACCUAACGCUGAAUAGUUGCCUGGCAACAGUGAACUUGCAAAUGAGACUAAAAGUUUUUAAACCGUGCAGUCCUUAAACGACCUCUACAGGUAAAAAGAGGUCACAGCAGCUAGAGGUACUGAUGAAAAAGCACUGGACUAAAAUUACGCUUAUUGUAUGUCUGUAGACUAGUCCUAAAACUGUCACUGUCUGAUUGGUGAACCAUGGUAGUAGCAGCAGUAAUAACAGUGAAAGAAAUAAUGUAAAAAAAAAAAAAAUUCCUUUUAUGUUAUUGCUGGGAUGUCAGUACAGGUCUGUGAUGGUAUUAACAAUGACUGUAUCAACAACAAAGGCGCUGCUGCUGGAGUGUGCACGAGUUCAGAGUGCACGUGUGAAGAGGGAGGAGGGAAGUGUGCUGCUGCCCUUAAACUCCACCCUGGAAUGCUGUACUGGAGUUGUUUACAACCUGGAGCUGGGGAAAAGGAGUCCCUGAGUUCAUGGAGGAGGAGGAGGUGAUGCAGACAAAGUGAGGAGCAAAGAUGGAGGAAAAUGAAAGAAAAAAAAAGACAAAGAGAUGAAGCUGUAGCAACAUCACUGCCUGAAUGGUUCAUUUCAUAUCAACGCUUUUCUCCAUGAGUCGAUCUACAGAAAUCAUCCAUCCAUCCAUUUUCAUCCGCUUAUCUGUUAUCGGGUCACAGGAGCAGCGGUCUCUAUGACCGCCACCCAAAUCACACUGCACUGUAACAACCCCCCCUGAACCUUCCUGUGGUGGUGAGUCCAGUGGAAGGUACCAACCGCCCUAACAGGGAUUCCAUCUUGCCCAGGAGGUGAACCCUGGGGUUUUACACCAACGACAGAGACGUUGGCUGUGGGUCAAAGCGCCACCAAAGGAAAUCAUUAGAACAUGAAUCCAUUUAACCAAUGUUGUCUUCUGUUCGCAGCUACAGAAAUUCCUGAACAUUUUAAGGACGUUUUGUUCUGAGUUAGAUUCAAGUCCACAGGGAGGCGCUCGUGCCAAUAAAAUAUAUUUCUUUGUUUCCUAAA